GAGAGAGAGAGAGAGAUUGUUUCUCUAUAUGAUCGACAUAUAGGAAUUUCCUUUCGUUUAACAAAUCGGGAAGGCAUCGGCUCGACAAAUGCCAGAUGGUGUGAUAUAGCUGGGGAUGUCCUGAUACAGAAAGGGAUCCUUGUUCUGUCCGAUACUGGAAGGGUUCAUAUUGCGGGCUAAUUACAAAAUCUCUGAAACUACACACCCAGAAAUAUUCCUCCAAAUUCUACAAAGAUAAGCUCUGUUUUCCCUCAUACGGUUCCGAAAUCGUGACCAAUUGAAUAAAGAUCGCUAUUUUUCUCUCCCUUUUAGUUUGAGGAACAGUUGCUCUAUGAUUUGUCCGAGUCCGCAAAAGAAUACAAGUAUAUGAAGACACUUGAUUCAGAAUAAAUCAUCGGCAGAUGGCACAGAUGCUCCCAUCAUUAAAUUGUUGAGGACACGAUGAAAGGAACAUGCCGUUACCAGCAAGCUAUCAAGAAGAGAUGUGCUUGUUUAUAUUUGGAUCCCAAAACACAUCAUUUUCAUCUUUCACAGAAACGUGGCAGACGGCAUUUUCCAGAGCAGACGACAGUUACCUAAACGCAUAGAACAGACGACAUCUUUCACAUUGAUUGAGGUCCCUUUUCCCCACAGUGGUCGGUCUGCGCUGGACAUUAAUCAGUGAUUGUCCGGCACCGUUACUUUAUCGUCGUAAUUAACCUUAUUUAUCUGGACACCUGCUCUGUUACACAACCAAGAAUUGUCGCCAAGUGAACACAGUGCGAGGUCUUUUUGAAUCAGAGUUAUAUUUACAACCAUACAGAAGGAAACAAGAAGAAGAAAAAAUACAGAGCUUCAGUUUCUGGCAGUUUUAUACCCUCAGUGUUUGUAAAAUGAAGAGAAGAAGCUGCUAACUCUUGACUCUACAGUUUGGCUGUACUUUUUCUAUAAACAACCAGAAAGAAGAUGACAGUCCGAAACACAGCAGGGACGGGACUCCGACAACCUUAAAGUGUCCGAAGAAAAUGUACGGGUUACUCCUGGAGUCUGUGGAGAACUACAUCAAAGAGAAAUAUGGAGAGGAUGUCUGGGAGAAAAUUCGGAAGAUGUCCCAUGUGGAGACAAUGGCGUUCUCUACACACAAAAGAUAUUCCGAGAACAUCAUACCCGACAUUGCUCGGGCAUGUGCAAUCGUUCUUGAUCUCCCGGAGGAGGAAAUCAUGGACUCAUUUGGUGUGUCGUUCGUAACUUUUGUCGGCCAAUAUGGAUACGAUAAAAUUUUGAGUGUUCUAGGAAGGAACAUGCGAGAUUUUUUGAAUGGAUUAGAUAAUCUUCACGAGUACCUACGUUUCAGUUAUCCAAAACUCAGACCACCUUCUUUCUUUUGUACGAAUGAAAGCACCAGUGGAUUGACUCUCCACUAUCGAAGUAAAAGGAAAGGGUUCGUACAUUACGUCAAAGGACAAAUUCGACAAGUUGGAAAACUUUUUUACAAAGUAGAAAUCCACAUCGACGUUGUCAGCAUUGAGGUUCAUGAUAAUAUGACGCAUGUUGUAUUCAGGUUACACUUCGAAAAUGACGCUUACAAGGAAGAGAUGGUCAAGCGACAAGCAUUUGCUUCGAACUCCCUUCCAUUGAACAGUGGCGUAUUCUUUAACCUUUUCCCGUUUCACAUUGUCUUCACAAGAAGUUUUGAAAUUAAGGGAAUAGGCUCAGGGAUUUCUGCAGUGUUUCCAUCAGCGAAGGGACAAAAAAUUAAUGCGCUAUUUACUCUAACCCGUCCACUCAUAGAUUUUAAAUGGGAUAAGAUUUUAGAACAUACUAACAACGUGUUCGAACUGAAAUCUUACAAGUCCCUGAAAAGACCCGGAUGUCCUUUUCAGGAACUUGCCAAAGAAGUGCUGAAAAAGGAAAAGGAGCAAGAGAAAGUGUUGAAUGCCGUCAGUCCCACGGACACGAUCAGUGAUGACGGAUUGGACGGUGAGGAUCAAGAGGGGGGUCGGAGUUUGGACAAGGAGUCGUCUGAUGAAGAUGACGGGAACCACAUCCGGCUCAAAGGUCAGAUGAUGUACAUGAUGGAGUGGGAGUGCAUCAUCUUCCUGGCCACGCCCAUCCUGGAAAGUCCAGACGCAAUGUUUAAAUCCGGACUUUACAUUAACGAUCUCAGUAUGCACGACUCCAGCCGAGACUUGGUUUUGGCGGGAACGCAGCAGUCGGCAGAGCUCAAGUUGGCCCUGGACCAGGAGCAACAGAAGAGUAAGAUACUGGAGGAGAGCAUGAGGAAGCUGGACGCUGAGAUGAAGAGGACGGACUCGUUGUUGUAUCAGAUGAUCCCCAAACCAGUGGCCGACCGACUCAGGCGGGGCGAGCCCGCCAUCACCACUUGUCAGGUGUUUGACAACGUGACGAUCUUGUUCAGUGACGUAGUCGGUUUUACGUCAAUCUGUAGCCAAAUAUCGCCGAUGGAGGUCGUCUGCAUGCUGAACGCCAUGUACACCAAAUUUGACCAACUGAGUGAACGCCAUGGCGUGUACAAGGUGGAGACCAUCGGAGACGCCUAUAUGGUUGUGUCGGGUGCCCCCGAGAUAACGGUGUACCACGCCCUCAACAUAUGUAACAUGGCCCUGGACAUGAUUGCCUCAAUGGUGGAGCUCUCUGACCCGUCCACAGGGGGACACAUGCGGAUCCGCGUUGGGAUUCACAGCGGGACCACGGUGGCGGGGGUGGUGGGCAUUAAGAUGCCCCGCUAUUGUUUGUUCGGGGACACGGUAAAUACAGCGUCCAGGAUGGAAACCAACGGAGAGGCGAUGAAAAUCCACAUCAGUGAGACCACUUGGAACCACGUCAGUGACCACCCAUACAGAGUGGAGGAGCGGGGCUCCAUUCCCAUCAAGGGCAAAGGUAAUUUGAAGUCUUAUUGGUUACUUGGGUUAGAUGAGAACGACGAGUUAUUACCCAAGUCGGUUGGUGGCACUCCCAGAAAAGAAUCAAGAACCACUCCCCAGUUCGAUGGACGAAGUCUUUACUCUCCAAUUUCUUUCGAUGAUCUCCCCCGAAAACGUUCAAUGGACGCUUCCUUAGACAUUAUUAAGCAAAAUGAACGUAAUAAUUCGUUGGAAGUGACGUCUCCUAAUAAAAGAAAUGGAUCGUUAGAUAUGACGUCACGUCCGUUCCGUGCAGCCGAUAACCAAGGGAGUUGUUCUCCACAAAAAGACUUACAGUUUAACUUCCGGAAAAAUUCUGGAACCGUCAAUGGCGACCAAUCCACUACGAUGACUUUUGUACCAGACAACAAAAAUCGGUUUAGCGGAGGAGUUGAGAAAGGAUUUCUUGGGGAGGAAAAAAGUUCCUUAUGUCAAAUCUUGUGAAACGGCUCCAUGAUAUUUUGAUGUUCCACAGCGAAGACAUAAACAAUCCACACCCUGUGUUCCCUUUUUUAAACCUCCACGCUCCACUAAAACUUAUGCUUCAAUGCUCACUCAUCCUCUGUUUUUUUUGUCUGUGAUAAUUCACUCUCCGUUGGUUUUCGAUAAUUUCGUGUUUUUGUGUUUUCACAAUACAUUAUAUACAAGGGAGAGCAGUGAAUAAAUUAUGAUUUUUUUUACCCAAUCUCUAUACAACUAACCAAGUUUAUUUGAACUACCUUGGGUACGUUGAUUUGUAUGGUGUUGUUAAACUCGAUCUUGUUACAAUUUGUAGACAGAUUGUUACAAAGAUAAUACUCAGUGUUUUUAUUGAGAAAUAGAAUUCUUUAAUUCUUGAUAAAAAAUUCUCAGAUAUUAUCCAUUGGUAAUUUUUAAAAACUGUUUUAACCUUAAUUUGAUAAUAAACAAGUAAAUUUCGUA